GCUGAUGACAGUUCAUUAUAUUUCAUUCAUUCCCACUUAUCAAAUCAUCAAACAAUACAUCAAACCCUCAUAAAAAUUACUUGCAGUUCCUUAACAUUUGUCUCCAUGUUUAGAUCCCUUCUCACUUGUUUGAUCAUCUCCUCCUUGUCGUUUCCUGCCGCUCCCUCUGACAAUAUUAAUGAGGCAGCGGCAGCUCUGCAAGGAGGAGACGACCGUGAUAUUUACUGGUGGUGCUCCACCACCACUCACCCGGAGACAUGCAGCCACCACAUGACGGGUCGCUUCGGCCGCAACUUUAAGCCGAGAUGCCGGUUCAAGUUUCGGGACAUGGCGGUCCGAGUUGCCCUUGAGAGAGCUCUAGAAACGCAACAAACCGCCGCAACGAUACUAGACGACGUCCGACCCGAUCACUCAAUUGGUAGGUUCGAUAACAUGGUUCAGAUGGAUUGCCAUAAGCUGAUCGAGAACACGGUUCUCCAAUUGAACCGCACCCUCGAAAGCUUUCGGUCCGACUCCCCGUCGACAUUACGUGCCUACUCCGACACCCAAACGUGGCUCAGCACAGCCUUGACCAACAUUGAAACGUGUCGGUCUGGUUGUGCUGAAGUAAACGUCUCAUACGAUGUUGUGGGGCCCAUCGUCUCCCCAAACAUCUCCGAGCUUAUCAGCAAUAGCUUGGCGGUUAACGGGGCUCUGAUGGGCGAACACCGCCAAUCUUCCAUUACCACCACCACCACCACCCCUACCAUUGGGGACAAAUUCCCAAGUUGGGUAACGCCCGGUGGGCGUCGGUUGUUACAAAGUUCGAUGCCGUCGUUGGAAUCUUGGGCAGAUUCUAUAGUGUCCAAGAACGGAACGGGUCAUUUCCGGUUGGUACAGGACGCCAUAGAUCACUCAACGACGGCGUCGAAAAGAAAGGGUAAUAGAAGGGUGGUUAUCUAUAUAAAAAAAGGUGUGUACAAGGAGAACGUGGUGAUAAGCAGUUCGAUGAGUAGGAUAACGCUCAUCGGCGAUGGUUACAACGAAACCAUUAUCACCGGAGAACGGAGCGUCGGCGGCAACUACACCACUUACAGUAGCGCAACUUUUGGUGUGGAUGGUCCACAGUUCAUGGCACGUGGCAUCACAUUCCAGAACACGGCAGGCCCACAAAGAGGGCAGGCGGUGGCUCUCCGCUCCGCCUCCGAUCUCUCCGUCUUCUACGAAUGCAGCUUCGAGGGCUACCAAGACACUCUCUUCGUGCUCGCCCAACGUCAGUUCUACAAAUCAUGCCAAAUCUACGGCACAGUCGACUUCGUCUUCGGCAACGCGGCGGUGGUGCUGCAAGACUGCACCUUCUACGUUCGGAAGCCUCUGUGGGGCCAAAUCAACGUCGUCACUGCCCAAGGCCGGGCAGACCCCUACCAGAACACGGGGAUUUCCAUCCACAAUUGCCGCAUAACGGCGGGCCCGGACCUUCGCCCAGUGGCACGGUCUUACCAGACUUAUUUGGGACGACCGUGGCAGAGGCACUCUAGGACAGUUGUCCUAAAGAGCUACAUAGAUGAUCAUGUGAAUCCACAAGGUUGGUUACGCUGGCGAAACUCGGAUUUCGCUUUGACCACGUUGUACUACGGCGAGUACAUGAAUAGUGGGCCCGGAGCCACCACCGCGCUACGGGUGAAGUGGCCUGGGUACCAUGUUAUUACGGAAUCCGAGGUCGCUUCAAAUUUUACGGUGUCGAACCUUAUCGCCGGAGAGACUUGGUUGCCUUCUACCGGCGUGCCGUUUACUGCGGGGUUGUGAUUUAGCAUCAGAGGAUUAUUAUUGUGUUAUAUUUAGAGCUAUUUUUUCAUACAUAUAUUUGUAUUGGGAGAUUUACACAAAUGAGACUUAAACAUUUUACUUUUCUCUAAAUAGGACCAAUCUUAAUAAUUCUAACGUUUGGCACUGGAAAGUUUAAAAAUGCUCUGCCUUUGAGAAAAAUGACCAAUUACACAAUUCAAGUAGAAUAAGAUAUUAUUAAAAACGAUUUGAAUAG